AUGUCGUCUCCAUUAUCUCAAACUUCGUCUCGAACAACGGGACCAGCUUCCUCUUAUUUUUCCAGCUCAGUCCCGCCUAAUUCUCCCGGCUAUCAAUCUGGUACCAGCUCCAGCCAAGCUAUCAACCAUAUUCUCAGAAAUAAAGACAACCCUUCAUCUCGAUAUUCUCCAUCCAUUGCCAGCUCUAGACCCAGUACCCCCUACAGAACAGCCUCGACGACUACCUCUCGUCCUACCACUCCUUCGCGUCGUUCUCGAAGCGAAGCCACGCCUUCUAUCCUUGGGCAAAGCGACUCUCACGAUGUUGUAUGCGCAGUCAGUGAAGCACGAGGCGUCACUCCUACAGUGGGAAUCGCUACUGUCGAUCUUUCUCACGGUGAAGUGACUCUUAGCCAGAUAUGUGACAACCAAUCCUACGUGAGGACAAUUCACAAGCUUCAACUAGCGUGCCCUUCUCGCAUAGUCUUUAUGCCUUCGGCAUGCUCUCCCAACGAGCCGAGCACAUUCUUUUCUCUUGUUCAGCGACUGAUACCUGAGGCGGAGAUGUCCUCUCACGACCGUUCUGCCUGGUCUGAAUCCGCUGGCAUAGAGUACAUAGAGCACCUUGCCCCUGAAGGUGAUAUUGGAUCAAUUAAAGUGGCUAUUCAGGGCAAAUAUUACGCUAUAUGCUGUUUCUCUGCGGCUAUGAAAUAUAUCGAUCGCCAGUUCAAUCUCAGCUUCUCGCCUCAGUCGCUGCGCAUCAGAUAUCAGCCUUCCGAAGACACCAUGAUGAUAGACAUAUCCGCUAUGCAAUCACUGGAAGUAAUGCGAAAUCUAAAGUCUGCCAAAUCGAAAGAAUGCCUAUUUGGGUUGUUGAAUCACACUCUUACGCCGAUGGGUUCUCGCGUGCUCCGCAACAAUAUGCUCCAGCCACCUACCGAUUUCGAUGGAUUCAUCAAGACACGCUACGAUGCGCUGGAAGAAAUGGUCACCAACGAAGAAAUGUUUCAUGAAAUUCGCAAAGCCCUCAAACUUUUUCAUGAUGCUGAGAAAACCCUCACAAAGCUAGUGAUUAUUCGGAAUGCUACUGGAGUAUCUGCAGUUGAAGAGCAACUCAACCACAUACUCAUGAUAAAAUCGUUUUUGGAAUCGAUACGGAAUCUGUGCCAGCCCGAGACAACGGUUCCAAUUUUACUCAACAUUAAAAGAGUGAUUGAACCUGAUGUCACCUACAUGGAAUCUCCACUGGAUCUACGCAACCAAAGGGCCUUUGCGGUCAAAUCCGGUAUUAGCGGCAUGUUGGAUGUUGCUCGUCAAACAUACAGAGAGCUUACCGAAGCUAUUCACGUAUACUCAGAUGUGAUCAACGAACAAUAUCGUGUUGCGGCAACCUUGAAAUUCGAUAAUCGCCGCUUAUACUGGUUCCGAAUCCCUACAGUGGACUUGGACAAAGAUAUAAUAAGACAAGAUUUCAUAAAUGUGAUUCCAAAAAAGAAUCACAUGGAAUGUCAGACGCUCAAUCUUGUCAAGCUAAAUCAACGGCUCUUGGACACUUCAAACGAGAUAGUCAUGCGAAGCGACGCCGCCGUUCGCGACUUGGUAAAAGAACUUCGACGCCAGGUAUCACCUUUGUUCCGGAUAUGCGAAUCAAUUGCUCUUGUGGAUAUGAUAUCGUCCUUUGGUCAAAUCACCACCACGCGCGACUAUGUGAGGCCAAAUAUGGAGGACACUUUGGCUUUAAAAUCAGCAAGGCACCCAAUCCUCGACAAGAAAAUGGCAAGCGAGUACAUACCCAACGAUUACUAUUCUGCCGAGCAGCAUCGUUUUCACUGUGUUACAGGAUGUAACAUGAGCGAGUUCGCAUCCUUUCCAAUCAUACACAACAUCUUUGCCCGCAUCUCGACCCAAGAUAAUAUUGAGGCAAAUCUCUCGAGUUUUGGAGUGGAGAUGAGGGAAAUGGCUUUCAUUCUGAAAAAUAUAGACAACAAGAGCCUCGCAAUCAUUGAUGAGCUGGGCCGCGGGACAAGCACCAGAGAUGGCAUGGCCAUCGCAAUGGCCAUAUCCGAAGCUCUGCUUAACACUAGGGCAUCUAUCUGGUUUGCAACCCACUUUGUCGAGCUGGCUCGAGUGUUUGCAGACCGUAUCGGCGUCCUCAAUCUUCAUCUGUUAUCCAGCACAUCGGUUGGGGAGGGAGGACUGCCACAAUUGACAAUGCUGUACAAAGCUGAUGCGGGUACUGUUGAUGACGAAAACCACUAUGGAAUUGCUUUGGCCCGCGCCAUUGGAAUGCCGCAGAGUUUUAUCAACUGCGCAGAGACCGUUGCGAAUGAUUUGAGAAAAAGGCGAGAGUCGAACCGACAGAGCUCUGACGCAUAUAAAGAGAUUCACCGACGCAGACUCGCGUUGAACCUUUAUGAAGCCAUUAACCAAGCCAAGAAGUCCUCAAAUAAGGAGACCAUCUCUGGCUACCUCAAGCGUCUCCGAGAGCAAUAUAUGGUACGGUUGCAGGAAAUUGAAGAGAUGUAA